AGAGAGCCCUGGUUCGAUACAGGAGGUGGUGAUGGUGGUGGUGGUGGUGGUGGAGGGGACUUACUGAUCUCUACACGAAAUCUAUGCUAUAUUUCGUCAUGUCUACACAAAAGCCAGUUGAAUGGGUCUCAGCUCUCAUGAUCCGCUUUGAAGAACAGCUGCCAUGUCGCACUGGGCCGCAAACACAACACUCCAAGUUCAACGUAGAGCAGAAUAAGGAAUGUCUGGUUCGGAUAAGUCGCUACAAAUUCUCUCUCGUCAUCUCGGGGCUCUACAAGAUACUGCAGAAGGUUAACGAUAUGCGUCCACACGGCCCAGAUUUUGAGAAGAAUUAUUACGAGAGCCUUCUUAUCGUCUUGGACACGUUGGAAAAGUGCUUGUCAUCACAGCCCAAGGAUACGACACGAGAUGAGGCCAUGAACGUGAAGAUGCUGCUGCGGGAAACACUGCAAUUCAUAGACCUCCCAGCGGAAAAUAAUAUGGUGGUUCAGGUGAAGUCGCUGGCGUCAAAAGUUCUCUUCGCGUUGAGUCUAAAUAACUUCUCUGUGGUCUUCAGUAGAAUCUCCAUCAGGCUGCAGGAGCUCAGUACGAGUAACACUGAAGAGAGUCCGGACUUCACUGACAUUGAGCUCAUCCAGCACAUCAACAUUGACGUCAACAGGCUUGUCAAACUCCUUACUGAGACCAUCCAGAAGUUUCGUAGUUUGAGCAAGAAGGCCCAGAUUGUUGUCAUGGCGUCUAUGGAGAAGGCAAUAUGGAACUGGAUGGAUACUUACCCUAAUGAAUUUGCCGACCUCCAGAAACGGAGGAAUGACGAACUGGCCAAAUGUUGUGAGGCAAUGUUUGAACACUUAGACAGUUUUGCCGAGAAUAACAAGAAGAGAGCUGUCGUGUGGCCUCUACAGAUCAUGCUGCUUGUGUUGUGCCCGAAAGUCUUGGAGGAGAUUGUGAACGCAGAUGCCGGGGCCCCUUGUUCACAGCGGCAUUUUAAGAAGAAACAAUUUAUAGACCAGCUGAAGAAGGCCCUAAUACCUCAUAAUACCAGCCGUCACCUCACUGAAGCUGCGGCCGUCACCUGUGUGAAGCUGUGCAAGAUCGCUACCUACAUUAAUAUAAACGAUUCCAAUAAUGUGGUGUUCGCCCUUGUUACCAGCGUUAUUAGUGAACUCAAGAAUCUCCUGUUCAACAUAGUGAAGCCGUUUACGAGAGUCCAAGCCUACAUUUUCCAAGACGUGGAUCUCAUGAUAGACUGUUUUGUGUCGCUGUUCCGAAUUUUGCCGCACAAUAAUGAGGCGCUCAAAGUCUGCCUCAAUCCUAAUUCACCGCCCACCUACCACUUCGUACUGGUCAGCUCUUUAUACAGGAUCGUGACCCAGACCAGGCUGCCGUGGUGGCCUCAGAUUGACAUAGUGUACAGCAAAUCAAGUGAGCUGAGAUCCAUGUUUACUGAUACUCUCAACAAGGUCACACAGGGAUGCAUUCCACAGACGCCACUCAGAAUGAUACAGGGCUUCACGCUCAAGUUUAAGGAGAAGCCAUCGGAGAAACCUUCAGAUGAUUCUCCUUCAUACAAGAACCUGCUCCUUUGGAUGGUCCGGCUGAUUCACGCUGAUCCUAUGCUGAUGCUAAACAACCAGGGUAAGGCAGGGCAUGAGAUCCAGAGCUCCACCCUAGAACUUAUCAACGGCCUGGUGUCUCUGGUGCACAAUGCCUCAAUGCCCGACGUGGCUGGUGAGGCGAUGGAGGCUCUGUUAGUACUGCACCAGCCAGAGAAGAUUGAAAUGUGGAACCCUGAAGCACCAAUUAACACCUUCUGGGAUGUCAGUUCGCAGGUCCUCUUUUCCAUCUCGCAGAAACUCGUCCAACACCACAUCGCAAAUUACUCGGAGAUCUUGAAGUGGCUCCGAGAAAUCUUAGUGUGUCGAAAUGCUUUCCUUCUUCGCCACAAAGAUUAUGCCAACUGCAAUAUUGGCGCCUACACUGCCAUCUGCAAACAGGCGCACAUCAAGCUGGAGGUGGUGUUCCUUGUGUACCUGUGGAGCAUUGACAUAGAUGCUGUGUUAGUGGCCAUGUCCUGCUUUGCCCUGCUGUGUGAGGAGGCCGACAUACGCUGUGUUUGGGAUGAGGUCACAGCAACAGUCACUUAUCUUUUGCCAAACUACCAUGUGUAUCAAGAACUGGCUGCGGCUUCUACUAUUUUGACCACUGCCUCUCUGGAGUCGAGGAUUUAUAGCCAACAACAGCAGGGGCGGGCAGCACUGCAGAAACGCAUCAUGGCACUGCUUAGAAAGAUCGAACGCUGGACUCCUGGUUGUCUGCAGGCAUGGGAAGACACGUUUAUAAAUUGGGAGUCGUCCACGAAGAUGCUGGUGUCGUAUCCCAAGGCAAAGCUGGAAGAGGGACAAAUAUCUGAUAGUUUCCAUCGGACUGUGUGCAAACGGCGACCUUCUCACCAAAGCACGGAGCACGAGAUGGAGACACAGGACCAGAUUAACGAAUGGGCAAACAUGACUGGCUUCCUGUGUGCCCUCGGUGGAGUGUGUCUGCUGGGAAAGUCACCGUCGAGAGUCCAGGGCAUCACCUCAGGACUCAUCAGUGACGUUAGGAAGCCUGCGACACUUCCCAACACCAAUCAGGAUAUGCAGUACUGUCCUGUCACUCAGUUCGUGGGCCACCUCUUGAAGCUUCUAGUUUGCCACAAUGAGAAAUUUGGGACCCAGAUACAGAAACAUGUAAAGGAGCUCGUUGGUCAUGAGAUGUCGCCUCUUCUCUAUCCAAUACUGUUUGACCAGACCAAGGUUAUUGUUGACAAAUUCUUCGACCAACAGGGCCAGGUCAUCGUAAGCGACGUGAACACCCAGUUUAUCGAGCACAUUAUAUUCAUCAUGAAGAACGUAUUGGAGAACAAGACUGAGCACCCUUCGGAACACUUGGGCGUCACCUCAAUAGAACCCAUGAUGCUUGCUAUUGUAAGAUACGUGCGACACCUGGACAUCACAGUAUACACCCUGCACAUUAAAACGAAGCUGUGCCAGUUGGUGGAGGUAAUGAUGCAGAGAAGAGAUGACUUGGCUUUCAGACAAGAGAUGAAGUUCCGUAACAAGAUGGUCGACUAUUUGACGGACUGGGUCAUGGGAAACUCGCACCAAAUUGCUCCCUCCGGCACGAUUGAUGUUGCCUCUGUGUCCAAUAUGUACAUGCAAUACGACAUCACUGGGUGCUGUCGGGACCUGGACCAAGCGUGUAUGGAGGCUGUGGCCGCACUUCUAAGGGGCCUUCCGCUGCAGCCAGAAGAGAGCGACAGAGGGGACUUGAUGGAGGCCAAAUCGCAGCUCUUCCUUAAAUAUUUCACCCUUUUCAUGAACCUUCUCAACGAUUGUAUGGAAGCACAGGAGGUUGAGAAGGACGUGACAAGACAGAGGGUACAGCCUGGCAAGCUCUCUACCCUCCGCAAUGCCACGAUACAGGCCAUGUCAAACCUCCUCUCCGCAAACAUUGACUCUGGACUAAUGCAUUCCAUCGGCCUGGGUUACCACAAGGACCUCCAGACACGUGCGGCCUUCAUUGAGGUGUUGACGAAAAUCCUACAGCAAGGCACGGAAUUUGACACGUUGGCAGAGACGGUGCUGGCUGACCGCUACGAACAAUUGGUGCAGCUGGUGACUAUGAUUGGUGACAAAGGGGAGCUGCCAAUUGCUAUGGCUCUUGCGUCCGUGGUGGUCACUCCCCAGAUGGAUGAAUUGGCGCGUGUGUUCGUGACGCUGUUUGACGCCAAGCACUUGUUAUCGCCGCUGCUGUGGAACAUGUUCUAUAAGGAGGUGGAGGUGUCGGACUGUAUGCAGACCUUCAGGGGAAACUCUCUCGGAAGCAAAAUUAUGUCUUUCUGCUUUAAGAUCUAUGGGGCGUCCUACCUCCACAACCUUCUACAGCCACUUAUCCGCCCUUUAGUGGUUGACUGCCCCCACUCCUUUGAAGUGGACCCAACCCGCCUCGACCCUUCGGAGGAUGUGGAGGAGAAUCGACGAAACCUCAUUGCCUUGACGCAGAGAGUGUUCAGUGCCAUUGUGUGCUCCUCGGAGAAGUUCCCCCCCCAGCUGAGGAGUAUGUGUCACUGCCUUUAUCAAGUUCUAAGCAAGAGAUUUCCACAAUUUCCGCAGAACAAUAUUGGAGCUGUUGGAACGGUCAUCUUCCUACGGUUCAUUAAUCCUGCUAUCGUCAGCCCCUGCGAGACUGGAAUUCUGGAUCAACAGCCAAGUGGACAAAUCAAACGAGGCCUGAUGCUGAUGUCGAAGAUCCUGCAGAACAUCGCUAACCACGUCGAGUUUAGCAAAGAGCAACACAUGGUUCCGUUUAAUGACUUUGUUCGCCAGCACUUCGAGGCAGCGCGGAGAUUCUUCAUCCAGAUAGCCAGCGAUUGUGAGAGUGUGGAGCAGGCCAGCCAUAGUAUUUCCUUCAUCAGUGACGCUAAUGUUCACGCACUUCAUCGGCUGCUCUGGAACCAUCAGGAGAAGAUUGGUGAGUACCUUUCGAGCAGCAGGGACCACAAGGCAGUGGGUCGACGGCCGUUUGACAAGAUGGCCACUCUCCUCGCUUACCUGGGCCCUCCGGAACACAAACCCAUCGACUCCCAGUGGAGCAGUAUGGACAUGACGAGCACCAAGUUCGAGGAGAUCAUGUCAAAGCACAACAUGCAUGAGAAGGAUGAAUUUAAGUCCAUCAAAACGCUCAAUAUUUUCUACCAAGCUGGAACAUCAAGCGGCAACCCUGUCUUCUACUACAUUGCCAGGAGAUACAAGAUUGGUGAAACAAAUGGUGACCUGUUAAUCUACCAUGUUAUCUUGACGCUGAAGCCAAUCUGUCGGAAACCGUUUGAGUUAGUUGUGGAUUUCACUCAUACCUGCGCUGAUAACAGGUUCAGGACUGAGUUUCUGCAGAAGUGGUUUGUGGUCCUGCCUGAGGUUGCUUACGAGAACAUCCACGCUGCCUACAUCUACAACGCAAACUCGUGGGUUAGAGAAUAUACCAAAUACCACGAUCGCAUCUUGGCCCCUCUUAAGGGCCACAAGAAGCUGAUAUUCCUUGACGCGCCGGCCAGACUGAAUGACUAUAUUGAACCAGAUCAGCAGAAGCUCCCAGGCGCCACCACCUCCCUGGACGAGGAUCUUAAAGUCUUCAACAACGCACUCAAACUCUCGCACAAAGACACCAAGGUCGCUAUAAAGGUGGGUCCAUCAGCCAUCCAGGUGACAUCAGCAGAGAAGACCAAGGUUCUCUCCCACUCAGUUCUCCUCAAUGAUGUUUACUAUGCCUCGGAGAUUGAAGAGGUGUGCUUAGUGGAUGACAACCAGUUCACUCUAACAAUUGCCAACGAAUCUGGUCCACUUUCCUUCAUCCACAAUGACUGCGACAGCAUUGUGCAGGCCAUCAUCCACAUCAGGGCCAGAUGGGAGCUCUCGCAGCCGGACUCGGUAACGGUCCACCAAAAGAUCCGGCCCAAGGAUGUCCCAGGAACUCUUCUAAACAUGGCCCUCCUAAAUCUCGGCUCCCUGGAUCCAAACUUAAGGACAGCUGCUUACAACUUGCUGUGUGCUCUCACCGCGACCUUUGACCUCAAGAUUGAAGGCCAGCUAUUGGAGACGUCAGGCCUGUGUAUCCCGUCAAACAACACAAUCUUCAUUAAGAGUGUAAGUGAGAAAUUGGCUGUGAACGAGCCUCACCUGACUUUGGAAUUCUUGGAGGAGUGUAUACAAGGCUUCCGCGCCUCGUCCAUAGAACUGAAGCAUCUGUGUCUCGAGUACAUGACCCCCUGGCUGCCGAAUUUAACCAGGUUCUGCAGCCACCCAGAUGACAAGAAACGAGCAAAAGUAGCGAUGAUUUUAGACAAGCUGAUAACUUUGACCAUUGAGGAAGUUGAGAUGUAUCCUUCCAUACAGGCCAAGAUCUGGGGGAAUAUUGGACAGGUCUCGGAGUUGAUUGACAUGGUAUUGGACUCGUUCAUAAAGCGAUCGGUGACAGGGGGCUUGGGGUCGGGCCAAGCUGAGAUCAUGGCCGACACUGCUGUGGCCCUUGCAUCGGCCAAUGUCGCGUCUGUGGCCAAGAAAGUCAUCGGAAGGCUGUGCAGGGUGAUCGACAAGACCUGCACAUCGCCCACACAGACCCUAGAGCAGCACUUAAUGUGGGACGACAUCGCAAUCUUGGCCCGCUACCUCUUAAUGUUGUCUUUCAAUAACUGCCUAGACGUGGCGAGGCAUCUGCCCUACCUGUUCCACAUCAUCACCUUCCUCGUCUGCACAGGGCCGGUGUCUAUGAGGGCCUCCACUCACGGCCUUGUCAUUAAUAUUAUUCACUCUCUUUGUACCUGCACCAAGCCAACGUUUCUGGAGGACACCCAGCGCGUUCUAAGGCUCUCAUUGGACGAAUUCUCUCUACCGAAAUUUUACCUUCUGUUUGGCAUCAGCAAGGUGAAAUCUGCGGCUGUCACUGCCUUCAGGUCGUCCUACAGGCACACUGGAGAGAGGGGACUCAGGUUCGGAACAGAUCGCAACCUUUCCUACAACAUGGCAGACCGAGAGAAGCUUUCACUGACAUCCCUGGAGACAAUAACAGAUGCUUUAUUGGAGAUGAUGGAGGCUUGCAUGAGGGACAUCCCUGAGUGUGACUGGCUGCAGGUGUGGACUGGACUGGCUAAGAACUUUGCCUUCCAGUACAAUCCAGCCCUUCAGCCCAGAGCCCUCAUUGUCUUUGGCUGUAUCAGCAAGAGCAUUGUGGAUCUGGACAUCAAACAGCUGCUACGGAUUUUGGUGAAAGCUUUGGAGAGCUUUACGGACAUCACUCUCAUUGACUCUAUCAUCAUGUGCCUCACCAGACUUCAGCCGCUGCUCAGACCGGAGUCACCAAUUCACCAGGCACUGUUCUGGGUGGCAGUGUCUGUGCUCCAGCUUGAUGAGGUGGCACUAUAUGCAUCUGGCCUGGCACUCCUUGAACAGAACCUCCACACCCUUGACUCUCAGGGCAGCUUUGACGCCAAUACCAUUGAGCAAGUGAUGAUGUCAACGAGAGUGUCGCUGGAGUGGUUCUUCAAGCAGCUGGACCAUUCUGUCGGCCUCAGCUUCAAAGGUAACUUCCACUUUGCCAUCGUGGGACACCUACUGAAGGGGCUGCGUCACCCGGCCCCCACCACUGUGUCCCGCACCUCCAGGGUAUUGGUCACACUGCUCUCCAUUGUUGCCAAACCACACAAGAGGGAUAAGUUUGAGGUGACCCCAGAGAGCGUCGCGUACCUGGCCGCCCUUGUGUCCGUUUCCGAGGAGGUCAGGUCACGAUGCCACCUCAAAUAUUCCGUCGCUCGCAACCUCUCCAAAUCCGCUUCCUCCGACACCUUCGCUGUUAGUCUUCAUCUCAACCUUACAGGGAACACAGCCCCCUCUGGUCAGGUUGGGGGUGGCAUGGGGGGUGUGACUGCCCCCAGCGCCCCCUCACAGACCUCAGUGAUUGGUGGUGUUACUGGGGUUGGCAAUACAGGGGCAUCUUCUCCAGGAAAUCCAAUUCAUUCCCCAGGGUCGUCGUUUCCGUCAGGGAGUUUAGGGAGUAUUGCUAACUCCUCCACCGCAAGCACCAUUACCCUGGGCAGCCUGGGCAGUGCGGCGACCAUCCCUGUGGGCAGCGCAGGAAAUGGCGUGGCAAAUCUUAACACCAGCAUCAACACCACACUGACUUCAGCAUUGCCAGGUGCCAGCGUCAGCAACACCAAUAUCAGCACCGUGGGGGCCUGGGGGGGUCCUCUAGGGGUGAUUGGUGACCCCCGGCCGCCCCCUACGAUCACCAAGGACCCCCCUCUCCCCCCGACCUCUGUUCCGGCUAACAGGAAACACAAUAAGCCAUGGGAUUCUGUCGACACCUUAUGCAUAACGCAGGCAAACGCGUCAGCCAAGGGGGGGCCGCUCUCCACCCCCCAUCCGCCCCCCACCACCACCUCCACCACCACCACCACCACCACACCAAGGUCGGAGACAAAAAGCUGGCGUUCUCUUGACCUCGAUUGCCAUAUCAUGCGACCUCCUCUGUUUCGAACACAAAGGUCAUCUUCCAUGCCCACCCCGAAGGGCGACAUUUCCCCGCCUCCGAAGGACCGCGGGGCAAGGAUUAGCGUCAGUAAUGAGAACAACAUUCUUUUGGAUCCCGAGGUGUUGACAGAGUACUCAACACAGGCCUUGGUGUUGACAGUUCUGGCCACUCUGGUGAAGUAUACGACGGAUGAGAAUGAAAUGCGCGUCCUGUACGAAUAUUUGGCCGAGGCGUCUGUGGUGUUUCCUAGGGUUUUUCCUGUCAUCCAUCCACUCCUGGACGCCAAAAUCACGUCGGUGUUGUCGCUGUGUCACGAUGGAGUGAUUCUGAGCGCUGUGCAGUCAAUCAUUCAGAAUAUGGUGGCUUGUGAAGAGCAGGGGCACCAACAGCUUCACCAAUUACAGAGCUGGGGUUUUGGUGGGCUGUGGCGAUUUGCAGGACCAUUUACCAAGAACAAUUGCACGGCUGACAACGCAGAGCUAUUUGUAAACUGUCUGGAAGCAAUGGUGGAGACAGCCCUGCCUGCCGAUGGAGACGAGACUUCAGAGAUGGAAUUAGCACAGUACCCCUCCAUGCUGUCUGUGGCCUCUGUCAACCUCUCCUCCUCCAUGUCCUCCCUCACCCUCGCCUCGCCCACUGAGAAGGAGGUGGACGGUGGGGAGGUGCUGACCCAGAACCUCCCAGUCUGCAGCCGUGCCAAGCCAGGACUCCCAACCAUCAUGGCCAAACAGCGAUCGUUCCGUUGCAAGCUGGCCAACAAAAGUAAAUAGCUAGGACGAAGGCUAGUGGCUUUCCCGAACCCUCUUAGAACCGCCAUACCGAGAUUGUGAGGGUUCUAAGCCAGUGAGGGAGUCUCUAGAACCUUAACUCUCUGCCAGGAAAUCUUCAAACCCCAUUAUUUGUUUUUUUUUAAAGGGUUUUCAGGUAUUCAUUUGGUGGUGAGUGAUGUGGGUGCUGGCUGGCUCGAGAAGAGUUUAUAGGGGUGUUUUGAAGGGUGUUUUUCAGGGGCCUGGUUGUUUGACAGGCUGCAGUGGAAGUUAUGGGUGUUUUGAAGGUUCCAGGGAUAGUUUGACAGGCAGCAGUGGAAGUUAUGGGUGUUUU